AUGAAGACUGCCUACAACGCCUAUCGAUGCCUGGCCAAGGAGGAUCUGGAUGCUUUCGCCAUGAACCCGGAGAUGACAAUGGACGGCAUGGGCGGCCUGCACGGCGCGCUGAGCGCGAGCGGCCAUGAGCACGAGCUGAUGAGCGGCCACAGCCCGCAUCACGCGCGCAGCGGCGGCACCGCCACUUCCACGUCGUCGUCGUCGCUGCGGAUACACCCGGACCUGGCGUCGCGCUCGGCCAUGGUGUCCGGCAUGGCGACCAUCCUGGAGGGCGCGGGAGAGUACCGAACCGAGCUGUCUCUGCCGCUCCAUCACGGGAUGAGCAUGAGCGUGCCGUGCGACACGUCGCCCCCCGGGAUGGGCAUGAGCGGCACCUAUACCACCCUGACCCCUUUGCAACCUUUACCGCCCAUUUCUACAGUUUCGGACAAGUUUCACCAUCCGCACCAUCACCACCACCAUCAUCACCACCAUCACCAUCACCAGCGGCUCUCCGGCAACGUGAGCGGGAGUUUCACGCUGAUGCGGGACGACCGGGCUCUACCGGGUAUGAACAACCUCUACAGCGCCUACCAUAAGGACAUGAGCGGCGUCGCGCCCAGCCUAAGCCCGCUCGGGAACGGCUUGGGCACGGUGCACGGCGCGCAGCAGGGUCUGCACGGCUACGGCGCAAACACCGGCGGCGGCCACGACAAGAUGCUGGGUUCCAACUUCGACGCGCACGCAGCCAUGCUGGCCCGUGGGGACCAGCAGCACCUGUCCCGGGGCCUCGGCGGACCCAUGAUGCCGCCGCAUCUGAACGGUAUGCAUCCCGGCGCCGCGGUGCAUCACGCACACGCUCAUGCGCCCGUGCUGGCGGCGCCCGGCCGGGACAGGCCACCCUCCUCCUCUUCCUCCUCCUCCUCCUCCGGUAACGGCGGCACAGGGGCGCAGCACCAUCAGCAGCAGCACCAGCAGCAGCAGCAGCUCGAGGAGAUCAACACCAAGGAAGUGGCGCAGCGCAUCACCGCCGAGCUGAAGCGCUACAGCAUCCCGCAGGCCAUCUUCGCUCAGCGCGUUCUGUGCCGCUCGCAGGGCACGCUGUCCGACCUGCUGCGCAACCCCAAGCCGUGGAGUAAACUUAAAUCGGGCCGGGAGACCUUCCGCCGCAUGUGGAAGUGGCUGCAGGAGCCCGAGUUUCAGAGGAUGUCCGCGCUGAGGCUUGCAGAAGCAUGCAAAAGAAAAGAGCAAGACUCCGGCAAGGAGAGGAGCAAUACACCAAAGAAAUCGCGCCUGGUUUUUACCGACCUUCAACGGCGAACGCUUUUGGCCAUCUUCAAAGAGAACAAGCGCCCGUCCAAAGAGAUGCAGCUCACCAUUUCACAGCAGCUGGGACUGGAACUGAGCACUGUUAGCAACUUCUUCAUGAACGCGCGCAGACGGAGUCUGGACAAAUGGAUGGAUGAAGGCAGUCCCGGCGGAGCCUCAUCCGCUUCCAGCACUUGUACCAAAGUCUGA